GAGACUUGAUCAAAGGCAGUGCACACUUCCUGUUACUCAGACCUUAUAUAGAACGUCAUGAUCGCCUCCACUGCACAGACGCACCUAGCACUGACCCAGCGGCUGCAGCCUGAGGUUUCCCGAGUACCACAAUGAACAAGUGGCUGUGCUGCGUACUCCUGGUGCUCCUAGACAUCAUUGAAUGGACUACCCAGGAAUUCUCUCCUCCAAAGUACCUUCAUUAUGACCCAGAAACCAGUCGUCAGAUCCUGUGUGACAAAUGUUCCCCUGGCACCUACCUAAAACAGCACUGCACAGCGAGAAGGAAGACACUGUGUGUCCCUUGCCCUGACCACUCUUACACAGACAGCUGGCACACCAGUGAUGAGUGUGUGUACUGCAGCCCAGUGUGCAAGGAGCUGCAGUCCGUGAAGCAGGAGUGCAAUCGCACCCACAACCGCGUGUGCGAAUGUGAGGAAGGGCGCUACCUGGAGCUCGAAUUCUGCUUAAAGCACAGGAGUUGCCCCCCAGGCUUCGGAGUGGUACAGGCUGGAACCCCGGAGCGAAACACAGUUUGUAAAAGAUGUCCAGAUGGGUUUUUCUCAAAUGAGACCUCAUCCAAAGCUCCCUGUAGGAAACACACGAACUGCAGUGCACUUAGCCUCUUGCUAAUCCAGAGAGGAAAUGCAUCCCAUGACAAUGUAUGUUCUGCAAACAGAGAGGCAACACAAAAAUGCGGAAUAGAUGUCACCCUGUGCGAAGAGGCAUUCUUCCGGUUUGCUGUUCCUACCAAGUUUACGCCUAAUUGGCUCAGUGUUCUGGUAGACAACUUGCCCGGGACCAAAGUGAAUGAGGAGAGCAUAGAGAGGAUAAAGCGGCGACAUAGCUCACAAGAACAAACUUUCCAGCUACUGAAGCUGUGGAAGCAUCAAAACAAAGAGCAGGAUAUGGUGAAGAAGAUCAUCCAAGACAUUGACCUAUGUGAGAACAGUGUUCAACGGCAUAUCGGCCAUGCCAACCUCACAGACGAACAGCUUCACGUCUUGAUGGAGAGCUUGCCAGGGAAGAAGAUUGGCCUAGAGGACAUCGAGAGAACAAGGAAGAUAUGCAAACCGAGCGAGCAGCUCCUGAAGCUGCUCAGCUUGUGGCGGGUCAAAAACGGAGACCAAGACACAUCGAAGGGCCUGAUGUAUGCACUCAAGCAAUUGAAGUCAUACCACUUUCCCAAAACUGUCACCCACAGCCUGAGGAAGACCAUCAGGUUCCUGCACAGCUUCACUAUGUACAGGUUGUAUCAGAAGCUGUUUUUGGAAAUGAUAGGAAACCAGGUCCAGUCAGUGAAAAUAAGCUGUCUAUAACCAGAAAUGGUUAUGGUGCUGUUUCUUCAGGAUGGGCCAGCUCCAAUGGAGGAGAAGACUGUUUCUCAGGCACAUAAACAGGCACAGUGAUCCCUUUCUCAUCAACAAUGGGAGCGCAAACAACCCCUUUCCCGACCCCAUAUUAAG